AUGUCGAAGAAUACGCUGUCGAGUCAGUUCCGGAAGAUAGACGUGGACUCAUUGGGCGAAGACGUGUUCAAAGAGGACGAGCCAUCGGACGGAUUGGCCACUAAUGGGAUCGACGAGAAGGAGGUGUCGGCGCUCAUCAAUAGUGGCAAACACUCGGAGGCUCUGAAAGUGAUGCUAAACAACAGUGCCAUCAACUCGAAGAACAAUGUGGCCAAAGACCAUGCCUUCGCCAUUGUCUUGCAGAUAAUGAUGAGUAUAAGAGUGACGGACAUCGAUAAAGCCGUCGACACGUUGUCCACCGACCAGAUCGAUGUCCUCAUGAAGUAUAUCUACAGAGGCUUCGAGUCGCCCACCGAUGGAAGCAGUGCUCACCUCUUGAUAUGGCAUCAGAAGACCUACGAUAAGGGAGGGGUCGGUGCCAUCGUCCGCGUGCUCACCGAUAAGAAGCGGGUCUAA